UGGCACAUUCUUUUGAUUCGCUUAUUUCGGCGAAUUGUUUUGUAGUUUUUUAUUAUUUAAAGUUUAUGUUUAAAAAUGCUAGUAAAAGCUGUGGAAAUUAACGGAGAGCAGAGCAUAUUCAGUUGCUUUGAAGACGACGAGGACGGAGGCCUCACGUUUUACCUCCACAAACCCGGCAAGAAUUUGAGUUUCUCGGAGACCUUAGCGAAAGAUGAUUUCCAGCAGCGUUUGAAGACGCUAAAUGCACGUGUCAAGUUCCCAGAGGACGCAGUGCGUCUGGUGUUGCUCACCGCAGAUCCUUCGCAAGUGGACUCAACUGGUUUGCAUCCGUUUAUCCUGAAUCUUAAAUACUCCAUGUCCAAUGCUGCAGUUCCUCUCAAAUGGAAUUGGCACUUAAGUCCGAUGAAUGGUUUCUUGUUCUAUCGCAAGAUCUGCAUGAAUUCGAUGGCCACCGCGGCAGGAUUACGGGAUCAGGUUUCCGUUUUGAUAGACCUUCUGAAAGCCAAGGAUAAGGAGCUUCAACAAUAUCGAAAUGACGGACACAAGCUGUGGAGGGCCACCGCAGUAACAAAGACAUUUGAUGUCGAGGCUUUUACAGAAGAGCACCAGAAAUUGCUGGACGGCGCCUCAGCUUAUAAGAAAGUGAAGGAUGUAUUUGCAGCUCAACUUCCCUCGGCUAGUUCAUCGGCGCUUUCCUCGCCCAUUAGCGAGGGUGGAAGGCCCAAGACACCGUCAUCGGGAUCUACGACCUCGUCGGAUGCAUCAACUUCGUUGAAUGCCCAAUCUAGCCCAAAACUGUCUCCACGUAAUAGGAAGCGCAAGGCCCUCGAAGUCAACACCAAUCAUAUGGAGCGCAAGGUGAUGCAGCGUCGUACCAAUGUGCAACUCGAGUACAGAAGCUCUCAGAGUUCCCAGGAGUCGAACGUGGAUGAGUGGCUUACAGUAAGGCCAAGAGUUAAGAAAGAAACCAUAAAAGAUGAAGAUGAAGAGCCAUCUACAUCGACUAUAACUGCCCAAUCGUCCUUGGCUAAACUGGCCAAAGUUAAUGCAACCAUAGGGACAGCUCAAAUUAAAUGUGAACCUCUUUCUUCGGAAGUCAAGGAAGAACCUAAAACAGCUGAAUGUGUUCAAGCAUCAUUCGAUUAUCCAAAACCAUUCAUUCCGGAGCAGGACACCCAUGAUUCCCCGGAAAAAAACGACGGGGUCACCGAGGAAGAAACAGGAUCACAGAAAGAGCUCAGUGAGCUCGAAGAGCUGAGGGCCAUACUUUCUCGCACCACAGCUGUUACCAAAAAACUGAUUAAGGAGCAUGAAGAUAACAAAUAA